UCAACAAUGGAGGGACCUCAACCAGGCAAGACUCCAGACAAUGAAUACAUGGCAAUGGAUCCUGACCAGUGGGAAGACCAAGAUGACACUUAUGAAAACGGAGACAAUCUUGGUAUUGAUAAAAUACGAAGAGAGGUUCUGCCAGUGCCAGGAGGAGCCACUCAGCUGACUCACAGGACCUCCUGGCAAACUAAUGACACUCUCAACCGUCCACAGAUCAACAAUCUGCCUCUUCCUAGCAGGUACAUGACUAUAAGAUGGCCUCCACCGAAGGGAAACAUAGGAUCGGCGAAAACAGAGCAAUUAGUGUCCUUCCAGAGAGCCAUUGUGGGGCUGGUCUUGCUCUGCCUACUGUUGCUUGCAGUAGUGCUUAGUCUGAGCAUUGCUUGUGACAUACUCGCAGUACGCCACAAUCAGACACAGACUGUACAGAUUGGAGGAAUCGGCCUGCAGUGUGGGCCAAAAUACUACAUUUCUGAUACUGAGAACCAAACCUCUAAAACAGAGCUGUUCGUCUUAAACUGUGAAAAGUUUAAGGAGUAUUUGAAUCGAAAUUCGUUCGUUCUUCAAUUGCAAAGCAACUCAUGCACAUGGCAGUGCGAGUGUUGAUUCAUGGCCGAUGGAGAACAGGAUUCCACCCGUCUGUAUAUGCUUUGUGUUCAAAAUAACACUGAUCGAUAUCAUAUAGCUACGAUAUCCUCUACAUGCUAAAAUAUAUUGAUGUUUUGUAUUUUAAGAAGAAUAGAUUAUGUUUAUUGUGUUGUUCAUUUUAAUAUUGUGUUUUAAUACACACUCAUGUUGUCAAAGCUGGCAUGUGAAAGUUUCUGAUGACAGAAUGGUCAUGAGUUAAAAAAACACGUUUCCAAUGCUAUUUCCUAUGCAAAAGUGUGAAGCAUAAACUAACUAAUUACAGUUAUCUAAACAAAAUGUUAUCAAAAUAAAAAUUACCACGUUUCCUUCUCAUUAAACUGAAUGUAAGAUAUUUUAACUUUUAAACUUUUAAUAAAGUAACACAAGAAACAGCUUAGUUGGAUUAAGUCUACAGGUUUAAGUUGCAGUCACCCUGGUAACCGAAAUGCUAACCACAGCUUACCAAAUAAAACAUUAAAAGAAAAUUAACUUAACAAAAACUUAUUAGGGGUGCUUUCUUGGUUUUCAAAACCUGACUCUCCAUGUUUAUUACAAUUGAAAAUAUUUUCAUAAAUACAAACUUGUAUAUUUUGUUUAUAUAACUAAAUGACAUAGCUCAGCAGAAGGUUGGCCUGCCUGUUAGAGAAAACAGAAAAAUCUGGUCACCCCAGCACUCUGACUUUCUGAACAUAAGAGGUAUGAUGGAAAAAACUGCGUUUUUGAAUCUGCAACUAUUUAUCUCUCAGUAUACCUUGUUAUACUGAGGUAUACUGUGAAAAAAGCUAGGAGAUUGAGAAACA